AUGCGUGCCUUCAUUGUUUUGUGUCUUGUGGCUGGUGCAUUUGCCCAAUAUAACUAUCACGCCGGCAGUGGUUCUGUUGGUGGUGUUGUAGGAGCUGCAUCCAAUGACGCCCCAUUCUUCGAUGUUCUUAAAGUUCCCGAUAAUGGUGCUGGUGUAAGUUCCGGGCCUUCAUUUGAUGUUUCAGCUCCCCAGUACAACGGUAACCAAGGAAGUUUCAGCUCCACCUCAAAUGUUGCUCCCGUCCAGGAUGCCGGCAUUGAAAAAGAAUUCUACACCUUCAGCGCCAAUGAUGAUGAUUUCGCUGAACCUGCCACCUCUAAUCAAUAUGCCAAUUCCUUGAAAAAAGGUAUCCGUGUUAUUUUCAUUAAGGGCCCCGAACAUAAUGGUUUGGAAGAUGCUGCUCUCGCCUUGGCUAAACAUGCUGCUGAACAAAAGACCGCCAUCUAUGUUCUCAACAAACAAGCCGAUCUCUCCAAUUUGGCCAACAAAUUGAACACUUUGAACAACAAUGUCAAUCACAAACCCGAAGUUCACUUUGUCAAAUACCGCACCUCUGAAGAUGCUGCCAAUGCCCAAAAGGCCAUCCAAGAUCAAUACAAUUCCUUGGGUGGUAGCAGCCAACAUUUCAAUGGUGGUGUUGCUCCCGCCUUGAACUUUGCUUCUCAAGCUCCAGUUGCUCUGGACGCACCAGCAGUUGCUGCUUCCAGCCCUGCUGCCACCAGCGCUACAUACCUUCCCGCUUCGAUUUUCCGUCGUUUCCGUUUGUAA